AUGACAACUGAUUCUUCUAAUUAUUUGGAUGCUGAAGCAAUGGAUAUUGAUUCGAAAAAAUGUGAUGAAGCAAUGGAUUUAGGACCAGAAGAAAAUGGAUCUCAGGUUGAAGUAAUUAAAUAUAAAACAAUUUCAAGGAGAUGGUGGAUAAGGUACCUAUUUAUUAAACAAUCGGGAUCUCAAAAUCACGAGGCUGUUGUAUUGUGGAAUAAUAGUAUUGGUAAAGAAGGUUUUGAUUAUGUUAUUUUACCUUCAUAUGUGGUUGAUAGAUUAGUAGAGAUAUAUGGUAUACAAGAUGGUUGUGAUUUUGAUGGUCAUUGUGUAAUUGAAGAAUCACAAAGAAUGCUAAAAUCAUCUUUUCCAAUUAAAAAGAAAUUUCGUGAUAAUAAUAAAAUGCAUAAAAAAUUAUAUCGACAUCCAGCUGCUUUAGUUAACUUUGGUAACGCUUGUUAUGUUAAUUGUGCUUUACAACUUUUAUACUCUAUUCCUCAACUUAAAAGUUCUUUAGAAAAAGAACUAGGAUAUGAUAAUUUUGAAAAUAUGAGAAAUGAUAAAGAGUUAAAUGAUAAAUUAUUAUCUAAAACAAUUUAUGAUUACUCAUUAUUAUUUGAGGAAGGUAUUAUUAGAGAUAUUCCAGUAAAAACUAAAGAAUUAAAACAAGUAAUUGAUAGGGCAACAGAAAUGUAUAUUUGUGGUGGACAACAUGAUUUAGAUGAAUUUUUAAAUUGGAUUAUAGAUAAAAUUGAUGAGGAGUGUAGUAUUGAUAAUGGAAAAGAAUUAAAAAAAUUAUUUGAUAGUCAAUCAACAAUGUGUCUUCGUUGUCCUAAUUGCCAAAAUAUAAAAGAUAUUAUCCAACCAUUUAAAGUUCUAAGAUUAUCUCUUGAUUCAUCCAAAGAAUAUGAUUCUUUAACUAAUCUUUUAGAAAAUUUUUCUAAAACAAUUAUUUUGGAUGAAACAGAUAAAUGGAAAUGUGAUAAAUGUGAACAAAAAGUUUGUGCUGAAAUGACUACAACUUUCAGACAUUUGUCUGAUGUACUUAUUAUAAGUAUUAAACGGUAUAUUCAAACUUUAUCUGAGAGGAAUAAACUUUUUACAAAAAUUGAAUACCCAAUUGAUGAGUUGGUAUUAAAUGAAAUUGAUGAGUAUGGAAAUAUUAAUCCAGUAAAAUACCAACUUCAAGCUUUAGCAAAACACAAAGGUAGUAGCAUUACUUCGGGACAUUACACUGCUUUGGUCAAAUAUGAUAAUGCAUUUUGGUAUUGCAAUGAUGAGGAUAUAUACUUGGAUCAAAUGAGCAACAAUGUUAGCAAAAAUGCAUAUAUUUUUGUUUAUGUAAAAAAACCUUAA